AUGGAGACACCACCACCAUCAUCACCAAGACCACAAGGCAGCCCAUGGCUGCAAGAUGAUUGUAGUGAUGGAUAUAGUACACCUACCUCACCCACGCACCACCACGCCAAAAUCCUAUUACGUCAACAAGAAAACGAACGGGAACAACUACGUAUAGAUAACUUCAAUCGAGCACUACGGAUCAACUACUUGGAAGAACAAUUAUUGCGUUUCAAUCAAGGCCUUGGAUUUGGAAGUGAACAACUAGAGUCGGAAGUGAUUCAACUACGGUCAAGUUUAGACCAACGAGAGCGUGACUUACGACGACGUGAUUCUGCUAUGACACGAGCGACGCAAGCAAUGGAUUUGCUAUCAAGCCGAUUAAAAGAGGCACAAGAGCAAGUGAAACAAGCAAAGAAACACGCGCAAGACCAAUUGCAAGCUCAGAGACAACAGUUUCGUCAAGAGCAACGUGACAUGGAAGCGAAAUUGACGGAAAAACGGCAAGCUCAAGUGGAGAAUGCAUACGAGAGAGAAAUGUCGAGUCAAGACGCGAUGCAGAUGCUAGAGGUACAAUUGGAACGACAAAACCAAGUUGUAAAGGCUGUAACGACACAGUUGAAAGUAAUGUAG